AAGCUCUUUGGACUAUAUAAAUGGGGUAUUUUGUUGGUUGACAGAUAUCAGUAGCGAUUCAAUCGUUGUCCAGUUUACAACUGAAUAUAGUCAAUUAACUCCAAAGAAACCAACCAGCAAUCAUGAAGUUCGCCGUAUUCACCGUAGUCGUGCUUGCUUUGGUCUUCCGCGCCCAAUCAUCUGUCAUCCCUCUUGGUUUGGGAGGUAUUGGUCCCAUUCUAUCAGUCGGAGGACCCUUGGGACUGGGAUCUGUUGUAGUUCCCGGAGGAUCAGUUUCAAUUCAAGGUCAAGUCAUCCAAGGACUUCCAUCCAGUGUCGCCGUUCAGGUGCCAAAUCUCAUCUCAGUUCAAGGACUUCCAUCUGCUGUGACUGUCGCUCAAUCACCAAUCCAAGUCGCUGUUGCAUCUCCAGUUGCUGCUGUUGCCGCUCCAGUCGCUGUCGCAGCUGAAGGCACCUAUGUAGCCAAGACUCGGGGAGCCGUUCACGUUGCUCCUUUGGCAGGACACACUCAAUCUGCCACAUCAGUCAAUCUUCAACCAGCUCCAGGAACUUUGUAAAUAUCGAAAUGUGAUGAAAAUGGAACCUAAUUCUUCCCCACCCAAUCUAGUUAAGGAUACCGUUAGCCUAGGACAUUCUUGUUCCCUAAAUUGUUUGCGGUAGACCAAUUUUUUUGUUUUUGUUAAUUACUUUUUUAGUUUUUGUAACUUUUUGAAUAAAACAAUGCAACAUGGACUUCCAAGAGUCGUCUACACAAUAA